AUGUCUCCAUACUCAAACGCUUCUGAAAGUAAUGACACAGAGAUGCAGUCCCCAAGUUGCUUUACCAAAACCGACCUAUCAGCUGAAAACAUUGGUAAAACAUUAGCUUAUAGCUUGAUUUUUUUUGUUUCGCUGUCUGGAAAUGCUUUCAUUGUGAUUAUUGUUUACAAGGCGAAAGCCAUGAGGAAAACAAUCAACUUUUUGAUCGUGAACAUGGCAAUCUCCGACAUUUUGCUCCCAGUUUUCGCAUUUCCAGUUAUUGUGACAGAGUUUUAUACUGACUCCUGGCUUGUUGGUGGAACGUUUGGCCAGGCCAUGUGCAAACUGGUCCCCUUAAUCCACGAUGUUUCAACUGCCGUGUCCGUUCAAAGCCUAAUUCUUAUCACCGUGGAUCGAUUUGGAGCAGUGGUCAUUCCUCUCCGCUCUCCACUCAUCUCUCCCAAGCUUUGCCUGUUCAGUGUGUUUGCCAGUUGGAUCGUGGCAAUUACAAUUUUUUCUCCGUAUUUGUUCGCCGUUAAACUUGUCAGUGAAAUCCCUGGGAAAUUGAUAUGUGCCCUAAAAUGGAAUGACACGUUUGGGGAAUCUUCAAAUCCCUUAUUCUUUUUCUUAGCUGUUUUGGCUGUAUUCCUUUAUAUACCCCUUGCCCUGAUGAUCAUACUGUAUUCGAUCAUACUCGUCAAGCUCAAGUCUCAGAGGCCUCCAGGAGAACAUUCAAUCAAGGCCAAGAAACAGUACAUUAAGAGACAGCGAAACGUACUCAAGCUGGCCGCUGCUAUUGUAAUUGCCUUUGCAGUCUGUUGGAUACCACUUAGUAUCUACAACGUCCUCUCUCUCCUUGUAUGGGAUAUAACUAAAUCAUCCUCGUGUAACAUGUUGCAAUAUCAUUUUAUUGCAUCAUUUAUGGGUCAAGCAAACUGUGCUGUAAAUCCUUGUAUUUGCUUUAUUUUCAGUGAAAAUUAUCGUUGCGGGCUGAAGAAUAUUUUCAAUUGUUUUGGCCCGCAUCCGGAGAGGAAUUCAAUUUUCCGCAAAACAGCCGAAUUUUCCCAUCCGAAAAAAAGGCGGUUCUCGAAUAAAAGUACGCGUCAUUCCUUGAUUGUCGAUGAUCAACCAAGUAAUAAUUUCGUCAUGAUUACGCCAGUAUAA